AUGGAUGUAAGAAUUGUGUUAGCCUUUUUAUUCAAAUUUUCUGAAGGUUCUUUCGAUCUUGAUUGCUUAGGUGAAUUUGACCAAAGAAUUGCAUUUGGCCAAUUGAAAAGAUUUUCUUGGAGGGAAUUGCAGAUAGCAACAGAUUACUUCAGUGAGGAAAAUGUCCUUGGACGGGGGGGGUUUGGAAAGGUGUACAAGGGAGUGCUGGCAGAUAAUACCAAAGUUGCUGUUAAACGAUUAACUGAUUAUGAGAGUCCAGGUGGAGAUGCAGCAUUCCAGCGUGAAGUCGAGAUGAUAAGUGUGGCUGUACACAGGAAUUUACUACACCUGAUUGGGUUCUGUAUGACACCAACAGAGCGGCUUUUAGUGUAUCCCUUCAUGCAGAACUUAAGUGUUGCCUAUCGCCUGCGAGAGCUUAAGCCUGGGGAGCCUGUUUUGGAUUGGCCUACUAGAAAGUGUGUAGCUUUAGGCACAGCUCGUGGGCUAGAGUAUCUUCAUAAAUAUUGUAACCCAAAAAUUAUUCAUCGGGAUGUUAAGGCUGCAAAUGUGUUGCUGGAUGAAGAUUUCGAAGCAGUAGUUGGUGACUUUGGCCUGGCAAAAUUAGUGGAUGCAAGAAGAACUAAUGUAACAACACAAGUUCGUGGAACAAUGGGUCACAUAGCACCUGAAUACUUGUCUACUGGGAAGUCAUCAGAAAAGACAGAUGUUUUUGGUUAUGGGAUCAUGCUGCUUGAAGUUGUGACUGGUCUACGUGCAAUAGACUUUUCACACCUGAAUGAAGAUGAUGAUGAUGGUGUUUUAUUGCUUGACCGUGUCAAGAAACUGCAAAAGGAAAAAAGACUGGAUGCUAUUGUGGACCGCAAUCUAAAUAGUAACUAUAACAUUCAAGAAGUGGAGAUGAUGAUUCAGAUUGCAUUACUUUGCACCCAAGUAUCACCAGAAGACCGACCUGCAAUGUCAGACGUGAUUAAGAUGCUGGAGGGAGAGGGACUGGCUGAGAGAUGGGAAGAAUGGCAGCACAUAGAAGUUAACCGGAUGCAAGAGUAUGAGAGGUUACAGAGAAGACUGGACUGGGCAGAGGAUUCAACAUGUAAUCAGGAUGCUAUCGAGUUGUCUAAUGGAUGA